AUGGAUGGUUUGCUGCAGCAUCGUCAAGUGCUCCAAGCAGGACGCAUCAUCAAGAAGGCGUUCGGUGACACAGCUGCAAGUGCUGUCAGGAACUUCCUCCUCUAUUGGUUUUGGUCACUUUUUGCGUACUCUGCGGUCAAAAGAGCUUUAGGUUUUGGGCCAGUUCGCUCUGAGACACGGGGCUUAGCCCGGAAGCGACGUGUUGUCAACCUGGGCGCUGGUGAAGACCUCUUGGAUGCUCCUAGUGCAAAGGCAGUUUUGCAGUUGACUUCGCGCCUUGCCGGUAGCAUUGAGAAAAUUUUCCUCCCUGCUCAUGAUGGUCAAGGUUGGUGUGGAUUCUGCUCAGUGUGCAAACGACCGCUGCAGGUCAGAGUGGCUGAUCCAGCGGCAAGUGUGCGCAAUGUCGAAGUUGCACCUCAUGCUCGAAAGCGUUUUGCCUUCUUGGUGUGUUUGUGGGGCAGUUCGAAGGACUACGUCCUGGGAGCUUUAGUCCUUGGAUUCUCCAUCAAACGUACCAAAACAAAGCAUUCGCUGGUGUGCUUGCACACAGAUGAUGUCCCUAAAGAACAUCUGGAACUUCUGAGCCUUUUCUGGGAAUGCCGUUUAGUUCAGCACAUCGAGGUCGCAGCUGCCCAGCGCUUGAGCACUGAUAGCCGCAUUGAGGAGUCGCGUUUCUUCAAAGUCUUCACGAAACUCAGAGCGUUGGAGCAGAUCGACUUUGAGAAAGUCCUGGUCAUGGACAUUGACUUGUUGGUCAUGUCCAGUAUCGAUGAUUUGUUUGAGCUGCCAGCCCCUGCUGCGCUGAAGAGGGGCAUGAAUCGAGGGAAGUGGCCUUACAAACAUGGUGAUGACCUGGAUGGAAGCACUUUUUUUGGUGGCCGCAACCCGGGCAAUGAACAUUCCUGGGGCCAGGGCACCGGAAUCAAUGCUGGGGUGAUGCUCCUCGCCCCGAACCUGGCAGAUUUCUUGACGAUGCAGGAAGAGUUGGUAGAGCCCUGCCAUCCUGGGCACGUGCGCGGGAAUGGCCCCGAGCAGGACUACCUGAGUCGCUUCUUUGCUGAUAGGCCGUGGAGGCACAUUUCGGUGGAGAACAACUUCCAGGUGCACCAUAUGUACAACGCACUGCAGCCUCUAUUGGAGGAUGCAGAAAGACUGGUUGUGUGCCGAAACUUCAAGACGGUGCGUGUGGUGCAUUUCUCCGGGGACUCGGGCGUGAAACCUUGGACCCGAUGUUUGAAGAAGGAUUUUGGCUGGCCGGAUCGAGGCCAAGAUGAAGAGCAACGAGUCGGAAUUUUGUUUCCGCUGUAA